CAAAACGAAGAAUUUCUGCGACUGCAGCGCGAAGUUUUAAAUAAGUGCGUUUUGAAUUCGGCGUGAACUUAUUCAGCUUAUGCUGCAUAUGAAACAACCUUGUGAUAAUGGAAGAUCAGCUUAAAGUGCUAUCAAGAAACCGCGAAUUAAUGUCGCUACUAUUGAACUUAGCUGAGUCGGUAAACAAUCUAGCAGUAAGUGUAGACAGCACUACGAAACGCUGUAGUGAGGGAGUGGUAGAUUCUAUCCUUUCGAUAUUAGACACAGCUGAUAAAUAUGGAGAUGAAGACUUGCAGGCUAGCCUGGAGCCACUGAAACAUAAGCUGAAAGUAGGAAUCGCGGAACUUAGGACUUGCACCCAGGAAAGGCAACACUUACCUUUUAUAAGGCAGUGUGCUGUGCCUCUGGGCCUUGAGCUUCUUACGUCUUUGGAAGAAUAUGAGCUUGCGGCUCUGGAAAAAGCUCACGACACAGCCAUCGAAAAUGUAGAAGCAUUGGAGUCAUUGUAUGGAAGUCAAGAUGAUGAUGUGCUUGCAAGGAUCAUAGAAGCCUUCAAAAGUGUAUUACUAUUUUUGAAAAAAGCCCAGAAGAGGGUCUCCUCGCUGCCCCAGCGAUGCAUCUUUGAUGGGUUUGUCGACACUGCAGCAGUACAGAAGUUUUACCUGUACUUUUUGGUGUCUGUUAGCCAGCUUCUCUCGAAGUAUCCCAGCAGCCGGCAUGUGAAGAUACUUUGGUGUUUUGCCAUUCGUCAAGCAAGCCUGUGGUUGUCCAAGUUGCGAGACUUUGCCUGCAGUGUUUCUUCCUAUGAUUUUCUAGAUGGUUGGAUGGGUGCCUUUGUUGGGAAGGUGGAUGAGGCUCUGUACCACUUGGGUCAGAAGUUGGGGGCUGAAUUUUACGCUGCUGUGGAUGCUGUGACUAGCCACGGGAUGUCAGUAUGCCAUUUGUGCCCGGAAGCGGAUCGUGACAAGCUGAUCACUGCAUACAAGCAGGUACUAGAGUGCAAACUCGACUUGGAAAAAGCCACGGUGAGGGAUGCAGGAAACAGCAUGGAAUUGAAGUGCAAGAAAAUGAAAGCCACAUUGGAGAACUUUGAGGAGCUUGUGAACAUAGCUCUUGUGGAACUUAUAGUCCAUAAUUACAUGAAGCCGAAUUCUUGUUUCUUAAAACUUUUGCAAGUUGCUAAGCAAGAUCCCCUGAAAAGAGAGUGCAGUGUGGACGGCUUCACUCAUCUGCCCACCAACAACAGUGCAGCCAACCUGUCUGAACUCUACAAAAGUAAAGCGGAUGAUUUUUGUGAAUCUGUGGACACAACUUACAGCAUAGCGCAUUUAGCUGCUGGCUGUACGACAGAUGUUAGAUCCGUCAGCAAACUCUGGGAACACCUGCGUCUGAUGGAGUGGCUAGACCCCGAGCUGGUGGCAGCGGUCAUGUCUCUGGUCAGUAGUAGCGAUGAAGGCCUCUCAGAUGUGCUGGACAGGAUGCAGGCCGCAUGGAACUUUCAUGUUCAAGGCCUAUUCAAGAGUCUGCUUCACCUCACUGAGCCUACUGCUUUUUUUGUUUGCCUUGAUGCCUCACUAAAAAGAAGCAUCGCUUGCUUGAGUGACAGUCCAUUGGAUAACCAAGGAUCAGCCAGUGUCAUCAGUGUAAUCUGCAUGAGAAUAAAGGCAGUGCCAGAUCUGGCAUCAGUGGCAUUUGAAGGUAGCACCGUGCCAGAAAAAGUUGAGGUUGCCUUGAAGAAUUUAAGGACGGCCCGGCGAUCAUUACAACGAGCAGUGCCUGAGAACAGAAUCAAAGUGGCCAAGGUUGUUCGUGGCUGUGUGAAUGCUGUUUACGAAGAAAUUACUAGGCACUUGGAUGUUGUUUCUGAGACACCAUCACAUAUUCCAAGUUGUUUGCUGACUGGACUUACCACACCAAUGGUUAGCAAGUAUCCUGUGGCACGCGAGAAGUCCCUAGACCUUGAGAUAACAGCAAUAUUGAAGGAAAUGGAGUUGCAAUCAUGUGAGAGCACGAACUCACCUGCUACAGAAGCCAGUCCUCCAAAGGAUAGUGGUGGUGCUACAUUUCCUGCUGAGGAGUUUGGGCAUACAAUGUCUUUGCCUAAGCGCCCAGCAAGGUCUCGAAUACCAAGGGCCCACGUGAAUGUCAAUUACCGAUCAAAUAUUUUUACAAAAACUGGCUGGCGUGAGGCACUCAGUCGCUCCCUCUGGUGCUCUGAUAGGAGCCUGUGUGUUGGAAAUAUGAGCUCCAGGAACUGGCUCCAGAACAACAGCACAAUAUAUGCACUCAUUCAUGAAGUACAGCUUCUUGUUAAGGCCAUCUUGGAGGCUGAGGAAGAGCUGUGCAGUUCUGACUCUCUCGCACAACUGGCUUAUCUCGGACACAAGUUGGCAUCAGAAGUGGCGAAUGUGUGUUCUCAUGUAAAGACCUCCAUGAACAACAGAACCAGGUUGCUUCUGGGUGUGGAAAAAGCGCAAAAUGACAUUGAGUUCACGGCUCGUCAGAUGCAGCUGUUUUUGGAUCUUGGAAAGGAUAAACCUGUGGCCAACAUGACUGUUGCACCAUUUGCCCAGAAUUUCCUGCUUUUAGCAUCUGAAAUAUCAAAGGCACUUCCUAUUCUAUGUGGUCAGUCUUGCAACGGUGCUGUGAUGGACUCACCGGUCGUGGUCACCUUGCUGCCUGCUCAUGAAAAGUUGUCCCCAGGUGCUGCAAGUAUCGCAAGCAGCACUUCUGCAUGAGUUUUGUGAAUGUGUCAUGUUGUUUUUACUUGUUUGUACUCUAGGAAUCAUAUAAGUGCCUACAAAUUAUGAGCAGCGUUCUGUCAUGCUGCUUGUUUUUUGUUAUUUGUGCCUUAAUACAGUUUCUUUAAUGAGCAUAGUCUGAAAUUUCUCUUGGAUACUGUGCAGAAGCCACUAGUUGUGUCCUUUACAUGAUGUAUGUUGCGAUAACUGCUAGUUUAAACGGCGGGGGGGGGGGGGGGGCUUAGCAUCUCAGUGAAUAUUUAUAGCUGGAAACAGUGCUUUGAAUCGAGCUGAUCCGGUCUGCUGUGGUGGUGUAGCAGUUUUGGUGCUCAGCUACAGAACCUGAGGUCGCAGGUUUGAUCCUGGCUGCUCCAAUUGCAUUUCAAUGGAGAUGAAUUGUUAGUGGCUCAUGUUAAUUCAAUGUCAGUGCAGGUUAUGAACACCAGAUGGUAAAAAUUUUCAGAGCCCUCCACUGCAGCAUUCUUCAUAAUCAUAUCAAGGUUUUGGGACAUUGAACUCCAGGUCAUAACACCGUGUUCAAGGUAUUGUUAUUCUUAUAAUUAUUGUUACUAUUGACGUUAUCUGUCAUAUAUUUAAUUUUGCAAAUAAUAUGCUUAUUGCAUCUACAACUUAUAAUGUGCCUUAGUGUUCUGAAUUUUAUGUAGGCUUAAAUUUCUCAAAAUAAGGGUUUACCGAGUUAGUUUGCUAUUCAUAAUCUUGUGACAAAAAGGGCAACACAAACUAAACACAGAAGGUAAACACAGCAUUCACACUACCAACCAAAACUUUUAUUGAAAUUUGACGAAUAUAUCUAAAGAACUGAUGUUUUGGAAAUUGAAGAGGCCCUUUUUUUUGGCUAACCAAUCUAGUGAAGAGUGUAUUGUUAGACCAGCUGUUGUGCUGAAGGCCAAAGAGAUAGGCUAUAAUAUUAUACUUUGCUUUUUAAACUAUAAAUGCGAUAUAAAGUUUAAUUCUUUUUAUAUAUCCGUGCGCCAUUCUAUCAAAAUUUCUAUUAGUGUUAGUGUCAAGGUCGUGUUUGUCUUCCUUUCACAUCUCAUGUUGAGUGUCUGUUGGGCUUUUUGUCACUGGAACGCUUACAAUAAUUUUGAUUUAUUUCUGUGCUGUGGGUGCCUAUCUGUUGCUAUGAUUGAUGAUUUGCAUGUACUAGUAUAAUUCCUUUGGUGUUGUUCCAUUGCUCUAGAUUUACAUUUUUUUAAAGAAACAUCUUGCUUAAUGUUGUAUCAGUGACCCAGCGAUGACGGGCCUAUACAAGUGUGAUAGGUCGGCUAAAAUUACGGUGCUCACUCAGGCUCACUCAUGAAAUAUAUUUUGCACUUGGGACUCACUCGGACUCAGACUCACCGAAAUUUUUCUGAGCCAGGCUCACUUGGACUCGCACUCGCGAAACUCUUCUUCAACCGGACUCACUGGGACUCAGACUCACCAAAAUAUUACUCACCUGGACUCAGCUCGUACUCAAGGCUCAAUUUGAGUCUGAGUGAGUCGACUCAUGAGUCCGUAAGUCUAAAAUCAGCUUUCUUUAAUCAUGGUGUCAAUGCUGUACCCCAAUAUCUCAAACAAUUUGUGCUUUUCUUGGUGCCGUUUGGUAUAGUACCUUUGAGUACAAGUUGAGUGGUUGCAAAUUAGCAAGGUCAUUUUUAUUGAAAGAGAUGACAGCAUAAAUAGAAUCAAGAACUUCCCCAAAAGAGUUGGCAGAGGGGGAGUGCAAGGCACCCCCCUAAGUAGUUGGCGCCUCUAAUUAAUAAAUAUUGAAAUGGCGUAUGAAUGAUACUGUUUUGGAAUACUUGUGUGUAAAAGUGAGUAUAACUGAGAAUACAUGUAAGGCUCAUAAUAAUGCUGAAUAUGAGUAGAUAAGAUGAUUGCAUUAUAUAUCGCUCAAUAACCUGUACCGAUGAUCACCUAACACUGCAAAAUGACCUCAACAAGAUUAAUGACUGGUGCAAAAAAUGGCUUAUGUCGCUAAACAAGCAGAAGUGCAAAAUUAUGUGUUUUACACGCAAGCAACAUAUUUCUAGCCAUUCGUACAUAAUUGAUGACUACCCUCUGUCGUACGCAUCAUCCUACAAGUACCUCGGUAUUCAUUUCACACCAAAUCUUUCUUGGUCACACCAUAUCACCACCAUUUGUGCGAAAGCUUCAAAAUCAUUGGGUUACUUACGCCGCAACUUGCAUAGCUGCCCAUCCCAUGUUCGGCAGCUAGCUUAUCAGACCUUCAUUCGCCCGCAACUUGAAUUCGCCGCAUCGAUCUGGUCCCCAUACCAAAAUUACUUAAUCAACAUGCUUGAAGUUAUUCAAAAUAGGGCAGCCCGAUUUAUCUCACGAAAUUACGACUACCAUAGCAGCAUAACGGAAAUUAAACUUUGCCUUUCUCUUCAACUAUUGAGUACUCGGCGUGAUAUUUCUCUCCUAUGCCUCUUCCAUAAGUAUGUUUACAGUAACAAACCAUUCCCAUUUCAACUCGAUAAACCUUGCGUUACAUCUCGUAGGUUGCAUAAUAACUUAAGUUUCACGCGAUUAUAUGGGUCAACGGACGCCUUUAACUCAUCGGCUCUUCCUCGCGUCAUCCGCUUGUGGAAUGAUCUCUCGAAUGACAUUGCAUAUCAAU